CUCCUCCUGGAAAGACUAUUUAGAUCUGGUGAUGCGGAGGCCAGGUCUCCGGCAGGACCCACAGAGGGCAAACUGGCUGAGGAGGUCCUCCACCUGCCAGGUGCUCUCUGCCCAGCCAACAGACAGCAACCCCCCCGCCUGCUUCUCACCUGAGACCCUCUCGCCGACAGACACAGCCCCGCCCCCAUGGCCCGGCCCCUGCCGGUCACAUUCGGUUGCAUCAGCCUGCUCUGCCUGCUGCUCCCAGGCACACUGUCCCGCGGCCUGGGCGGGAGCCAAUGGCCUGCCCCACCUAGGGAGCCCCCAGCCUGGGCCCCUUCCGGUGGCCUGAAGCCGGGACACCCUGCCGUUCAGCCUGUGGUCUGGAAGCUACACCAGGCCCUCCAGCCACAGAGGAGCGCCAACCGAGCCCCUGCCAUGGGUCACCCUCUCCGGGGUGGCCCCCACCGACACCCGGGCUCCCGCAGGUCCCGAGCCCAGCUCCUGAGGGUGGGCUGUGGGCUGGGCACCUGCCAGGUGCACAACCUCGGCCACCGCCUAUGGCAGCUGGUUGGGUCAGCCGGCCCACGGGACUCAGCCCCCGUGGACCCCAGCAGCCCCCACAGCUACGGCUGAGAUGGAGCAGGACAGACCUCUGUCUGUCCCGGCCAGGAUGCCACCCCCCAACCCAGUCCCAGAGCCGCAUCUGGGCCCCCCUGCCCCCACCCAGCCCCGCGGACUUCCUACGAACACCAAUAACCAGAACAGUGUGCAGGCCCCCAAGGCAACUCCCGCCCCACCCCACACCCACCUGGUCCUGUAGCAAGCAACCUCGACCGGCUUUGGACAAGGAAGGCCGUGCACAUGUGUCGACCCCAGCAGGUCUGUAGGCAGAGUCUGGACUCAUGAAAGGGGCUUCAGAGGGGAGGGGCAGCCCAAGGAUGUGGGGCAGGAUACCUAGGGCCACGCUGGGCCAGCACAAGGUGGGCCAGUGUGGCCCCUUCCCCGCUGGUCUGGAGUCAUCAGAUUAGGCCCUGGCUUUGGGCACGUGCACUUGGCCUGUCCCAGGUGCCCAGCCUUUCCAUUCCCUGUGCCCUGGAGACUGGGAGGGCAGCAGGAAGGAGGACCCCCUGUGGUCCCCAUCCCCAGAGCCUGAGUGAGAGAGGACAGGCCAUGUCAAAGUGGAGACCUCCCCCCCACCGCACCCCCUCCCCCCCCAGCUGGAUAGCAGGGAGCCUGGGAAAAGGCCUAGAGAUUCAGGAACCACACUGGGGCUGAGCAGACGCCCCUUCCCAUCGCUCUGGGCAAGGUGGGGCUGGGUGGGGCAAGAUCUCCAGCCCAGAUAGGCCCAGUCAGAACCUUUCCACCUCAGGUGGGGUGGGGUAGUCCAACAAGGGUGGGGGCGCCGCAGGCUAUACAAUCUCCCCGGCCCCACCCUGCCCUGCUCUGGGAUUUACUGGGGCAAACUGGUGGACAGCAGGAGGCUGGAGCCGGCUCGCCUAGAGUUGGGGAAGGUGGAUUGUCCUUAAGGGUUUAGAACAAGGUCUUCAGCCAGUUCCCGGUGUAGGUCCACCCCGGGUAGGGCCUUUACAUGCUGUGAUACCUGAGCCUCUGCUAGUCCCUCAGUACUGACACCCCCAUGCCAUCAGGACAUGACCCAAGGUUCAGAAAGGAAGUUUCCAUUACUUGGCAUACACUAAUAAUGGCACUUACUCUGCCAACAUUUGCCCUCGUCCCCUUCUCAGCCACUCUGUGAGGGGAGUGCUAUCGUUAUCCCGUCUCUAGAAGCAGAAACUGCAGCCACAGAGGUCGGGGAAGUGCCUACUGUCACCGCAGUGCCCUCCCACAGAACCCCUCAGAUGCCCUGCCCCCCCCAUUCCCACCCCUGAGGGUGGGAGCAUUUCCAGGACACCAUUAGGCCCUGUGGAGACAGUUCAGGCUGGUCCCUGCCCUGAAUUGCGGGUGGGAAGCAGAUCAGGGCAGGCUGCCUGGAGGAAGCCUAGGUCUGAGGUUUGCAAGGCUCCCAGGAGAGCCGAGGGUGGAGUCCACAGGAGGCAUGAGUAUGGCCGGGGAAGCCCCCCCACCCCUACUCCCAAAGCCGCUGAGAGAGGCUGGAACCAGCGUGAGUGGGGGUGGAAGAGGCCAGUGGGCCAGGCCUCAGAGCCAUAUGCCUGUGGUCCCUGAAGGGUGUCAUCAGAGCAGGCAGGGGUCGCAGGGCCAGGAAGACUGGGGAGAGAAGAGAAGGGGUCUAGGAGGGUCAAAUUGGGAGAGUUAGGAGCUCCACUUGGCCGAGACCGCCCCGCCCCCGGCCGCCCCAGGCUUCCCAUACUGGGCCUGUGUGUUGUCUGGUCCUCUGUACAAGCUGUUCCUCUGCCAAGGACACCCCCACAUUGCCCCUUCCUCACUGGUCAGAGCUGCCAGACCCCCAGAAUUCCAUGCCCUUGUUGAGGAACUGCGCCAGUUUGGGGUUCAUUUUCCUCGAAGCAGGAUGGACUGUCGACCUCAAGGCAUCCCUGUGCCGGGCCAUGGGGUCGCAGCAUUGCACCUGACAUCCACCUGGCCCCUGAGCUCCAGGCCAUGUCUGGGCCACCUACAUGAUGCUCCCUGAUGCCAAGCUCACCCGACUCCCGCCAGCCUUCUCCCCUGUCUCCCUCACGCAAAUCCUGUCGGCUGGUCAUUUGCUCCUUUUUCUAGUCCAAGCCGCCACCUGCUUUUGGGGAGAUGGCUCCAGCCACCUCCCUGGACCCUCCCUCCAUUCCUUCAGCAAAUGCUUGCUGAGCAUGUGAGAGAAGCAUUAGUGAAUACCCCCUCCCAACUGACACCACAGCGGAAGGAGACAGAAGGAAAUUAACCCCGAAGGUAAAAUAAGCAAAAGCCAUAGCACGUGGCAAGUACCAGGAGAGUCCUGAAGGCAGCGUGCACUUUGCCAUGUCAAAUGGGGGGCCCCAGCACUCUCCCCGUCUACUCUCAGCACUGGCAGGAGGAGACCAUCAUCGUAAGAGCAGCACACCCCACCCAAACGUCUUGUCUCUGAAGCUGAGUGGGUGCUGAGACCCACACGCCCGAGGGGGGGGGGUAGACUGACACCUUGACACCUUCGUCCCCUGUCCUCUCUCUCUCUGCCCCCAGGUGACCCAACCAUACUCAGCAUCCUCCCCACCCCCACCCCCCAUCUUCCUCAAGUGCACCGGCCUUUCCAAUAUGAGACGAUGAUUGGUUUUGCGGUGUCUGCCUCCUUGGAGAACCUGUCAGCUCCCGGGCAGGCAUAUUGAUCAGUUGGGUCCUGGCUAUGUCUGCCUGACCUGGUCCAUGCCUGAUGAGUGCUAGCUGAAUUCAUCUCUACCCUGACUCCGGAUGGAGCCCCUCACCUCAAAAGCCAGACAAAGAUCACCACCACCCCUGUCUUGACCAACCUUUAGCCAGGCUGCUCCACUGGGCCUCACCCAGUAUUAACAAGUGUCCCCUGCCCCUGAGAUCUGAUCACCUGGCCUGCCUUUAGCAAGGAUCCCCCAACCUCUGUGUCUCCCCUUAGCAAUCUUCUGUCCAGUGACCCCCACUCUGCUUAUUGGCAGUCAACCCCCUGCUGUCUUUGUUGGAUUCUGUCUCCCCUAUUGCAAUAGUCACGAAUAAAGUCUUUCACUCUCACUUA